AAGAGGCAAUAGAUUUGAAGAGGAAAAGGAACUUCAAUUCAUGUCGCAAGAAAGAUAUUAUCAAUAAUCUGAUAUUAUACUUCAAACAGCAGCUAAAAAGAUUAAGUUUUUACUACACUAAAAGUACAAAUGAAAAAAAGGCAAUAGAUUUGAAGAGGAAAAGAACUUCAAUUCAUGUCGCAAGAAAGAUAUUAUCAAUAAUCUGAUGUAAUACUUAAAACAGCAGCUAAAAAGAUUAAGUUUUUACUACACUAAAAGUACAAAUGAAAGUAAGUUAUUCAAUAUGUAAAACUUGAAUUUAAUCUAUUACAGUAGAACUCCGAUUAUCCGAAUCAAUAGGGACCAGACCCCAUUCGGAUAAUCAAAUAUUCGGAUAAUCGGAGUUUUACCGGAAUUUCGGGAAUUUUAAAGAUAAAUCCUAAUUUUCGGUACUAAGUGAACUUUUAAUUAAUAAUAAAUGAAAUCAGAACAUUUUUACAGUUUACAAUGCUCUUAGUACAAGUGUUCUAUACAUGUUAUUAAGUUAAUAGUUUAGCCAGUGUGUAACUUUGGCGUUCCAUCAGAAGUGAAAAAAUUACACACUGGCUAAAUGUGUUUAAUAACAAUUCUUUGAUAUUUUGCAAAACUAAUUACUGUAGCUUUACGUUUUUAAAAUUGUUGAAGUAAGCGAUUCGGAUAAUUGGAGAUUCGGUUAAUUGGAGUUCGGAUAAUUGGAGUUCUACUGUAUUGAUAAUUAAUUUUUUUGCUGAUGCAUUUUUGUUUGAAAACAACAUGAAUUUUAGAACAAACUUGUUUUUAUAUGUGGACUAAUUUAAUAUAAAGAUACUUGCAAUUUAGGAAAAAUGCCUUGAGUGUGUUGUGUAGUAUUUAAUAUGCAUAAUAAUAUUUGAACAAGAGAUGUUUUACACUGUUAAAUAUUAAAUCAUACAAAAAUUAACAUAUCAUACAAAGCCAACUAGUUACUAGCAUGUUUAAAAAGUUAGAAGUUAGAAAUUAAAAAUAAAACAUGUUUAAGAUCGCAACAAAAGCUCCCAUUGAGUGUCCAAUAUGUAGAAAAAUGUUUUCAACUCUAAUGGCAAUGAAGUGUCAUAUAUAUUUACACACUGGCGAGCGUCCCUUUAGAUGUUUGACAUGUGGGAAAACAUUUAUUAAAUUAUGUAUAGUAAAGACUCAUUUGAUGACACAUUCUGGGAAGUGUCUUUAUAAGUGCACUACAUGUGGAAAAUCCUUCAAAACCAAGGACAGUAUAAAGAUUCAUUCAUUAGUUCACACCGGAGAGCGACCUCAUAAGUGUACUACAUGUGGAAAAUCUUUCAAAACCAUUAGCAAUAUGAAGAUUCAUAAAUUGGUUCACUCAGGAGAGCGACCUUAUAAAUGUACUACAUGUGGAAAAUCUUUUAAAAAGAAGUACAUCUUGAAGAAUCAUACAAUAUUGGUUCACACAGGAGAGCGACCUUAUAAAUGUACUAUAUGUGGGAAAUCCUUUAAAAGCAACCAAGGUUUGAAACUACACACAUUGGUUCACACCAAAAAGCGACCUUAUAAGUGUACUACAUGUGAAAAAUCCUUUAAAACCAAGGACACCUUGAAGUAUCAUACAUUUGUUCAUACUGUAGAGCGACCUCAUAAGUGUACAACAUGUGGAAAAUCCUUUACUAGCAACAGAGAUUUGAAGAUGCAUACAUUUGAUCACACCGGAGAGCGACCUCAUAAGUGUACUACAUGUGGAAAAUCCUUUAAAAGCAACAGAUAUAUGAAGAUACAUACAUUAGUUCACACAAGAGAGCGACCUCAUAAGUGUACUAUAUGUGGAAAAUCCUUCUCUACCAAAUAUAAAAUGAAGACUCAUACUUUUAUUCACACCGGAGAGCGACCUUAUACGUGUACCAUAUGUGGAACAUCCUUCACCACCAAGGACAAUAUGAAGAUUCAUAUACUAGUUCACACAGGAGAGCGACCUUAUAAGUGCACUACAUGUGGAAAACCCUUCAGAACUAUUAAGGUUAUGAAGCAACAUACAUUGGUUCACACCGGAGAGCGACCUUAUAAAUGUACUGUAUGUGGUAAAUCAUUCCAAACGAGUAAACAUGUGAAGAGACAUCAAUUAGUACACACAAGAUAGCGACCUUAUAAGUGUACAAUUACUAUAUGUGGAGAAAUCAUUCAAAACCAGUGGCCACGUAACGAGACCAAAAUUAGUGCAACCUCAUUAAUGUACUACUGUUAGUACUGUAUGUGGAAAAUCAUUCCAAACCAGGGGCCAUGUAAAUAGAUAUAAAUUAGUACACACAGAAUAGUGACCUUAUAAGUCUACUCCAUGUGGUAAAUCUUUUAAAAGUAACACAAAUGUGAAGCAACAUACAUUUGUUCACACAGGAGAGUGACCUCAUAAGUGUAAUACAUGCAAAACAUCCUUCUAACACAAUGGUGUGUAAUGAAAAAUUCAUUGAUAGCAGAGAGCGACCCAAAAGUUAGAUACAAGCGGAAAGUCUUCCAUAACCAAAAGCCUAUAUUCGAAAAACUAUUGGUGCAAUAUAUUCUUCAAAUUUCAUGUUGUUAUAUAGGGUGAUUGAAAUUAAAUGGGACGUUUUUAAAGUAAGCAUUUACUUAUUAAAUUUUGUGUCAAUUACAACUUUGAUGUUUUUAAACUCAUGCCAUCUAAGAAAUUAACUAUUUAUAAAACUUUUUAUGCUACACUUGUAAGAUAUCAUUUACUUGUAGUAAAUAUCAAAUAUAGAGUUCUCUUUAAUUCUAGCAGGUUUGAAUCAUUUUCUUAAAUUCCUCCAUUAGACGUUUCAGUAUUUCAUGGCUGCCAAAAAUUGUUUCGCUAUUCUUCCUGUUUAAUGUCGUCCUCUAAGAUCCAUUAGAGUUUGGGGUUCCUUAAGGGGAACACCUUAACAAAGGUUCACCGCACAAAUCUCGUGACGUUUGCGCAACAGAAUACUAUCACGGAAACGUCAAAUAACCCUUCCUAGGAACCUAAUACCAUUGACUUUAUAAGAAGAUAUAAAGUCAAUGCUAAUACACACUUCGGCCUCUGAAACCUGAGUGAGUAGUAUCAAUGACCAAUGGUAGCAUGUACGGUGAAUCUUGUUAAAAUAAACAAAUUUAUUUAUUGUUUGUUUAACAUUUCACCUGUGACCUAAAAGAGAGGCCUACUUGGGCACAUCAUUUACACACACAUCAUUAUCAUCCAUCACUUAUUUAAAGCUUGCCAAGCCGUUUCAAAAUUUAAAACGUCGUAACGGUUAUUUUUUGGCCAAGCUGCUUUUUUUCGAAUAGAUCUUCUUUUCCUCAAAUUGUUAACCUACUUGAGAAUUGUAAUAUGGCUGGAAACUAUAUCAUAGCGUAUAAUACUUGCUGCGCUGUUGUAGACAUGACAUUUCGCAGAUAUUCAUAAUGGGUAAACGUAAGGUGUUCAAUUCUCUACUCGUGACAAUAACUAUCCGCUUAAAAUCUUCUGAUUCCUCGGUCACCCUACUCAACGCUUAUUUGUGUCUAGGACUGUUUAUUUAAUUCGAUAAAUAAACAUUCUAUAGUUUUUUUACAUACAUAAAAUGAUAUCUGACAACUUAAAUACAGGGUGUUUUUUUCAAACCCCAAUCAAAUAAUUACAACUACAGUGAGACACUUUUUAACAACAAAACCAGCUCGUACAAUGGUAUCCCGGCUGCAUUCUUUACUCCAUUGCCGAUCAGAUAAUAUUAAUCCUACACGUUAUCUAUAUGAGUUUUAGCGUUAUUGAUAAUUUAUUGUAAAUAAGACGUAAUAAGGGGUUUUGCGUGAGUAUGUGAAAAUGCCCAGUUGAGACUUAUUCACAAUAAAUUCCCAUUAACACUAAAGUAAAGCUCACAGAUAACUAUGCAACAAUGCAUAUCAUCAGCUGAUUGGCAGUUAAAAUAAAGAAUACAGGAAUAUCAAAAUGUGAGCUGUUUUUGUUGUUAAACUGUCUUAUGGUCCUUGCAAAUUGAGUUGCAUUAAAAAACACCCUGUGUAAUGUCAGGAGCCUUCUAAGAGCUUUUAUCUUAUUAUUGUGUAUUGCCUUGAUCCAUAAAACCUACACUAAGGAGCCACGAGAGUCUGCAGUUGGCGGCAGCCAAUAGCAAGAAUUGACUAGCGCGACGUUGCAAAAUCGCCCGUUCACCAAUGUUCGACACUAAUAUUAAAAUAUACUAAACAAUAUUUUUUAAAUAAGCUGGUAUUAUUAGAUUUGGCAACAAUGCGUUGUCCUCAGUCUUCUUGUGUGGCUCCUUCGAAGUCACGUGGUUUCUAGGUUCCUCGGUAAACUGCAGACUUUCGUGGACCGUACUGUAGUAAUGUUCAGCUUUUGUUAAUUUUUUCAUUUAAUGUACAUGUUCAUAAACAUAUUAUUUCAUUUUUGGGUUUGAAAUUGUCCACACUCUUAGUACCUAGGCUACUUAGACUGGCUUUAACACUAUUUCAGUAAAACUCAUUAUCUGUACAGGUAAAAAAAAUGUAUUUAGUGUAGAUUUAUCAAAUCUUUGUACUAUAUUAUAUUUUUAAUGAAAAUUAGAGGUUAAAUAAUGUAUUGAAUGAAUCCACAUUAUAUCUAAAAUUGGGAUAAACCUACAAUUAAAGUAUGUUUUAUUAAUUUAUGUACAACUUACUAGUAAAAAUUAAAAGUUUAUUAAUUAA